AUGGCCGUGGUGUCGGGGCUGGAGCCGGGCGCCCUCUACGCGUGGAAGAUCUACCAAUUCUCACCCCAGGAGAAAUAUUCUUACACAAAUCCGCUGCUCGUCAACGGCGAGAGCGUUGGUUCGACAACUUCCUGGGCAAGUGCAAAUGCAACCAAGACAGGCUUCACGAGAGCAACUGAUGCAGGUAAGAUUAGCUUCGAGUUCGUGCGGAAGGCAAACCACGCCACCGUGUCUGGAAUAGCUCUGGGCAAGGCACCUUCCUGCUUCUCCGUGCGCUCCGUGGCUUCGGAAUCCUGCCCGGAGGCUUGCUACUGUGAUGGUGGGAAGAUGUGCAAGGGCUGGUGUGCUCAGGACGGCACGUGCACGAACUCUGCACCCCAUUGGGGAUUUGAUUGCCGUGGCUGUGGCGCCGCAGAGUUUUCCAGCGCAUGGGUUCGGAUCACAGAUUGUGAUGCCCAGAGCAAUUGCCUCUCUGUAUCGAAGAAGGGUGGUGGGGCUGCCUUCUUGGAUGGCGUCUACUGCCCAGCUAGUGAUGGAGAGAAAGAUGGGCUGCUCCCCUACUACGCAAAACCAGGUGAGGUGCAAGAGGCCACCUUGUACCUGUCUCCCUGGCAACCUUCGAGAGAGACGCACCAGGGCUGUCCAGCAGGCACGGGUUGGGUGAUCCGCCGAGCAAGUCCUCUGGACUUCUUCCAGGGCGAGUACGUGGAGCUGCGGGGAGACGUGUUGGCCUGCUUCCACUCUUUGGGUCACUCUGGAAGCAAAUCCUGGAGCAUCGGAGACGCCGUGCUGGACGAAGUGAAAUCUAACUUUCACCUGACAAUCCUUGAUGCGAGCUAUGUGGAGAAGCGGACCCAGGCAUCGCCAACUGACGAGGUGCACAUGGUGCCAGUCGCGCGGACGUGCACAAAUCCGCUGGAAGAAAGGCGUGCAAAGAAGAAGAAGGGGGAACCGAAGGACGAACUGACCAGCGAGGAGGUGUUCACCUUCGACGAUCCCGAUGCCCCAAGCGGCCUUGGACACUUCUACUCGCUGAACCCAUGCGAGUGCUUCAGUGGAACCUUCGGAGCAAAUCCGCCAGUUUCGGAAACGACCUUUUCCAUGACGCCACCAGGAAGUGACAAUGAUUUCGUGCCCCCGAGCACAUUGCUGGUUUCUGGAAGCUUUUCGUGCGAACCGAAAUACUUGAUGAAGUCGUUGGUUGGUGUUGGCGCUACAGGAUGUGAGACAGCUUGCCGAAGUGGAGAUCACGACACAGAUACGGAAUCAUGUGCCUUCUACUUCACCGGCUCUUACACUGACGUCACUGUAUGUCGCCUCUACAGCUCUUGUGGAAGUCUGGUCCAAGAAGUGAACAGCCACGGCGAGCUGUUCGGCGUUAUCAAGAAAAGGUCGUGUCUCAUUGCAGAUCCUGAGUCGUGCAAACCUAUCAAGCGCGAAAAGUGGCUCGCUGGCGGUGCUGAUGCUUCUGGCCACUGCCUGUUCGAGGACCUGAUCUCCCAAUGCGACGCCUCGUUAAUCCACGGCGGCCACGGCAUCUCCGAGUGCGGCCAGUGCACACACAUGCUCGUGACGGAGCAUGCCGUGCAGCUUUCAAGAAUGAAGCGGCCGUUGCCGUCACUCUUUGAAGCUGGGUCGAUGAUAUCCGUAGGCUGUGGCGAUCGCUAUGCCGGCUUGAAUCGAUAUGGAAAUGACGUCCUGCCAUCCCAGCGAAUCAUUUGCCAGGACGGCGAGUGGGUGGAUCCGAACAGCGGGCCGGGCCUGUCCGCUCUGCAGUGCGUGGCCUGCGUCCGGACCACACCGGGAAGCAAGUCCAACAGCCUCCUGGACUUCGUUGGCAAAUCGCAGCAAGAGCGAUGGUGGCUGCAAAGGCAUGCCGUUGAGAUCCGCAGCUGGAAUGAUCUUUGCUUGGCAAGCGAUUCGGACCAAACACAACGGGCGGAGAUCACUUUCACUGACAACACAGAUCUACCGCCACACGUCGUUUCUCCGUCACACCGCCGCAGACGGCGAGCGUACACAGAUGAGAGCUACCGCCGGCGCUUUGUGGACAGCGGCGAGAAAUUUGGGAGGGUUGGCUGGAAGUCUGGCUUUGUCUAUGGCUGGCGGGGCACAGAUGAAGAGUGCCAGUUCGACCAGCGGGCACAGGUGUCCGACACUCUCAAGCCGAGCUUUGAAGUGAAUGGAAAUUGUCGAAGGAGAAGAAGAGUCUGCUCCCCCGCAAGAUACGAAGACGUGCCUGCAAUCGUGGAAUCGAUUCGCUAUACCAUCAGAGCCUCAGCAACAAGCCUUGGCAUUCGCACAACGACUUGCAGCAGCAGAAAGUCGUGGAACUGCAUUGCCCAGCUUCAGGUUUCAAGGCCAGAGUGA